UGGUAAUCGGUAUUGUGUUGCAAAAUAAAACAGCUGUUUUUCUAGCCACAACAACAAUUGCAAACCGAAAAUGUCUGCAUUGUAAUUAUUGGAAUUAUUAAUAAAAAAAACCAACAAAAUUUAUGCGCCGCCUAUUUACAACGGCUCAGGGUCACAUCAUGUCAAAAGCGAAGGGAAAAACGAAGGCAACCAGUAAAACAACAACAACGCCGGCAGAGAAAACGGAGACGCCGCCACUUCCCAUUAACUUGGAUAAGAGUGGCAAUAUCGCUAUCAAAAUCCUGGCUAAACCAGGAGCCAAGCAGAACGGCAUCACAGACAUUGGCCUAGAAGGUGUGGGCGUACAAAUCGCAGCUCCACCCAGUGAGGGCGAGGCCAAUGCCGAAUUAGUCAAAUAUUUGUCCAAAGUUUUGGGUCUACGUAAAAGUGACGUAUCCCUAGACAAAGGCUCCAGAUCUCGUAAUAAAAUCAUCUUAGUCAGUAAAGGUGUAUCAACAGUGGAGGCGUGUCUGGAAAUGAUACGCAAGGAAUGUGAUUCAUAAAAGCGCAUUGACUGUGAAUUUAUUUGCAAAUAAAACUCAUAUUUUUUUACACAAA